GGACCACAAAGGCUCUUCCUGCUUCUUUGACAGUUUGUUUUUCUGAGUUUGACUUCAGUCUUUUUCCAACACACUAGACACGGCAUCUUUUUGACUGAGCACAAUUCAACUGAGCUGUCACAAUGAAAGUAGCAGCCUUCAACGGGAAGAACCUGGGAAUAAAAAAGGUCAAAGACAAAGAUGUUUGCAAGCAUCUUAUCGAGAUCAUCUCUCGGUACAGUGUGGUGAUAUUACUCGAGGUGGUGGAUAAAAAUGGUGAAGCCAUGAAGCUGUUACUGAAAACACUCAACAGCACUGGUGAUAACAGUAAACAUCCCUACUCCAUCAAAGCCAGCACUUCACUUGGGCGGCAAACCUACAAGGAGCAGUAUGUUUGCCUCUACAGAGAGGAUGAAAUAAAACUAAAAGACUGUAUGCAGUAUGAAGACAAUCAAGUUGGAGAUGAGGAUGCCUUCGCCAGAGAGCCCUUCAUCCUGCGCUUCAGCUGUCCCACCACAGCUGUGAAAGACCUGGUCCUGAUUCCAGUCCACACCAAGCCAGAGGAUGCAGAGAAAGAGCUGGAUGAGCUUCAUGAUGUGGUGGAGUAUGUCAGGAAGAAGUGGGAAACUGAUAACAUUAUGAUUUUGGGAGACUUCAAUGCCGAUGGGCAAUACCUCUCCCAAAAGAAGAAGAAACGCAUCCGUAUCUACUCUCCACCAUACAACUGGCUGAUAGAUGAUGAUGUUGACACCACAGCUAGCAACAAUAAUUUCAACACCUACGACAGGAUCGUGGUGUAUGGAGACACCAUGAAAGACGCCAUCGUCCCCGGGUCUGCCACUGCAUUCAACUUCCAGAAAUCAUUCAAACUGACUGAUGAAGAGGCUCUCGGCAUCAGUGACCAUUACCCUGUGGAGGUGGAACUGAAGGCUGAGGAAACUGUAGAACAACCAGCCACAAAGAGGAGGCAACAACAGCCAGCUGCAUCCAAGAAGCCAAGAAGAUGUUAGGACAAACAUCUAUAUAACCUGUACAGGACUUGAAAGUCUUGAUGUAUUUUGAAUAAUUUUAAUUAGUCAAACAAGGAUCCUCAGAUGUCCUCAUAACUGAUGAAAUAAAGUCUUUACAAAACCUGUAUUCACACAGUUAGCGUUUAUUAUCUGAGGUUGUUUUCUUGAAAACUUGUGUGAUUAGUAUGCUGUGUUCAAUUUCAGAGAUUGAAUUUUUUGAAAAAUUAAAAUAAAAGUCUUAAGCCAA